ACAGUGCACUGACAUCUGUAGUGCACUCAUCGCUGAUAAGUGCUGUAUCAAAUGGAACACUUACGUUAACCACUUGGCGGAAGUGACGGACGCACGUUGUAUACGGGGACUUUUAUUUUGACAAGUUAAUGAAUAAGGGAAUAAAACAAAUCUGUUCACGGCACCCGCGAAAUUAAGGCGGGAGUGACGUACGCAAAUCUGCUCGCGAUACCCGCGAAACUAAAACUGACAAAAUGAAUGCACUGCUUGCCCUCUUUUUGUCCCUUGUUUACCCCUUUCUCCUCCCCAUGUGGAAACUGCGAUACCUCCACACCCGCGGCAGGAACCUCCGCCUUCUGGCUGCACUCGAGAUGCAGCCACCCAGUCCCAGGCGGCGCUGCCGUAUCAAUGUUGCAAUGCCACUGCUGGCAUUGUAUUUUGAUGGCCACAGUGACAUGAGGGUGGACUUCAGGCUCACCCGAGAGUCAUUUAACGCCCUCAUGGCUGUGCUGGGCACUGAUUGUGACCAUGGUUGGGGCCCUGAGAUCUCCUGUCUUGUUUUUAUUUUUUGGCUUGCCAGCGCCACCUCCUAUCGGGUGGUGGCCAGGGCCUUCGACAUGCCCCGGGCCACCGUUCACCGGCUGGUGCACAGGAUGAGUGGGCAGAUCGCUGCGCUCCUGUACACCGUUGUCCGCCACCCUACAGGAGAGGAACUCCCACGCCUAGGUGCCCGCUUCGCCCGUCUAGCUGGGUCAGCAGCCUUCAGCAGAGUGGUGGGGGCUAUUGAUGGCUGCCACAUCCGAGUAAAGCCCCCAGCGGAGGAUGCUGCCUGUUAUUUCAACAGGAAGCUUUUUCACUCCAUCCAGCUGCAGGCCAUCUGUGAUGAUAAGUGCAAAUUUAUAGAUGUGUGUGUGGGCUACCCAGGCUCAGUGCAUGAUGCCAGGGUCCUAAAAAACAGCCCCAUCUACUAUGAGCAGUCAUACCCUCCACCAGGAUACUGUAUCCUUGGGGAUGGUGGCUACCCCUGCCUGUCCCAACCCAUCUGCCUCAUGACCCCCUUCAGGCAGCCUGUCCGCAACCACCUCCAAGCACGCUACAACUGCUGCCUGUCAAAGGCGAGGUGUGUUGUGGAGAGGUCCUUUGGGAUACUGAAGACGCGAUGGCGGUCCAUCUUCUUGAAGGCCCUGGAGGUGGAUGUGAGGUUUGUGCCAGAGGUCAUUGUCUGCUGCACUGUGCUCCACAACAUCUGCCUCACCAACGGUGACCUGCUGGAGCCAGAUGCAGAUGUCGGGAGGGCAGCAGAGGACCAGCCAGCACCAGAACCAGCACCAGCACCUCCAGGAAACGUCUCUGGGGCAGAAAACAGAGAAAGGAUAGCCAUUCAGUGCUAUGUCCCAGACCAUGACUACAUUUAAAUUAAUGCAAUAAAUAUUUAUAGGGGGUUCUGAACACCAGAAUUGCCCUAUAAUUGGCAAACAA